ACCACUUCCCAGACCCUCGUUGGUGCACUGCUGCCUUCUUCCCAUCCCAGCAUCAGUGCAGGCCCUGCCUGUGUGCUUCUAAAUGUUGUAUCCCUUCUGCUAAGUAACACAGGGUGUUUCUAGGGUUGUGGCUAAUCUUGUGCACACGCACCCAGGUCAAUCUGGCUUUUCCCAAAGGUGCCUCUCCAAAAUCCAGGUGUGGUGGGUGAGAGUAGGGAUACUCCUGUUAGAUGAGGGCGGGAGCCUCUGCAACUGCUCUUUGUACCAGUGGCCACGGAGUCAUUCCUGAGCCACCCUAAUGCUAAUAUUUGCACUCCUUCUAUGGAGAUAAACAUUACAGUUGUAUCUGCUGCACGGAGGCACAGCACAAAACAUGCUCUCUGCUGGGAGAAAUUAUUUUUGUGCCCUGUGGCAGCUUCUGAGUCUACUCCAACCCUGGCCUGUUUUCUGCUGUUUUCUCACCAUUCAAACUUUCUGCAUGUAGGAAUCAUUACAGCACUCCCAGCUCUGCUAGUUCAGCUCUUAACUUGCUCGUUAGCUGAUGUUGUGACACCCGUAUCACUCCUGCCUUCCUGUUCCCGCAAACCCUUGUUUUUCUGCCUGUUUCUGGCAUGCUUACUGCUUGCUGCUUGCUUGGCAGAGUUUCUGUUUCCUUCUGGAUGUACUUUUAAUAAGUUCCACUGGCGUGGGAAGAAAAGGAUGAGACCAGAAUUCAAACUGCUUCACCCUCCUCCACCCCACUGGGAAUUACGUUGCUGCGGGAAGUAUACACUGAGAAUGGCAUUGCUGACCUAACUGGGAGGAAAUUUUGAAUUCCACAGAGGCUGCAGCUGGCACCCCUUCUGCUACUUGGCAUCGGGGAGGGAGAUGGAGGAAACUCAAAUUUUGUGUUCUGGUGCCGAAAUAUCGGACUGAGCCUGCUGAUAACUGUGGGGAGAGAAGACAACUGGACUGUAAGGGGAAAAGAGAUGGGGCUUGCAACUAAAAACAGGAGGACUGGGAAUGGCUAAGGUCUCAAAGUCUUGCUACGUGUGAGGCUGCUAGAGUACAGCAUCCAAGAAGAUCUUACAGCAGGGAACCAAGCCAGCACAAUGGGGAGGCAGCAGUCAUGCCAAGAGCUGCGGGGGAGCAGGGUGACACAGGGAGCAGCAGUGAGCUGCUAGGGUUGGGGCAGCUGGCAGAGACCUCUCUGCUGGCCCAGGCUCUCCCUGUGCCCUGGGACAAGCUUAUCCUCAUAAUCCUCAUGCCACGUUAUACACUGGGAUGCUAAUUUCAGUCCGGAGCGUGGCAGGAUGUCAAAAGACAUUCUGUUUGAUUUCCACUAAUUAAGUAUGAAAAUGAAGAUGCCCCAAAGGGAGGGAAAGAUGCCAAGAGAGAAGGGAUAAGAGGAGCCUCAGUCCUGCUGUCCCUGACACACCGUGACCUCUGAAGUCCUGUUUCUUCAUUCUGGUUUAAUAUUAACCCAGCAGGGCUGUGACUCCACUUAUUCUGCUCCCUUUGCAUUUCCUCUGCAGCCAGGGCUGUACAGCAUGGCACACAGCAAAACCACCAUGCUGCAGGGCCUGCUCCUUUUCAGCCUUCUGCACCUCACCUUGAGCCAUGACGGAGUGUUCUGACUCGGUAGUUUUCCUGGAAAAGGGGCAGGCACUGUCACUGCUCAAGCGCCCACGACGUGCCAACAAGGGAUUUCUGGAAGAGAUGAUGAAAGGAAAUCUGGAGCGAGAGUGCCUGGAGGAGACAUGCAAUUACGAGGAGGCCUUUGAAGCCCUUGAAUCCACUGUUGACACGGAUGUAUUUUGGGCAAAAUAUCGAGUAUGUCAGGGCACGAAAAUGCCUAGGAAAGCUCUGGAUGCUUGUCUAGAAGGUAACUGCGCUGUUGAUCUGGGCCAGAGCUAUCGGGGAACAAUUAACUACACCAAAUCAGGGAUUGAAUGUCAAGUGUGGACAAGCAAAUAUCCACAUAUACCUAAAUUUAAUGCCUCCAUUUAUCCCGAGCUCACUGAGAACUACUGCAGGAACCCAGAUGACAACUCAGGAGGUCCAUGGUGCUACACACGAGACCCAACAGUGGAACGGGAAGAGUGCCCCAUUCCCGUGUGUGGUCAAGAAAGGACAACAGUUGAGUUCACUCCACGGGUCACACCAUCUACCACAGAGCAGCCUUGUGAAUCAGAGAAAGGCAUGCUUUAUACAGGGACGCUUUCAGUCACUGUGUCUGGGGCUAGGUGCCUGCCAUGGGCCUCAGAGAAGGCCAAAGCAUUGCUCCAAGACAAAACCAUUAACCCAGAGGUGAAGCUGCUGGAGAAUUACUGUCGGAACCCUGAUGCAGAUGAUGAGGGUGCCUGGUGUGUAAUAGAUGAACCACCAUACUUCGAAUACUGCAACCUGCACUACUGCGACAGCUCGCUAGAGGAUGAGAGCGAACAGUUGGAGAAAAUAUCAGGGCGUACUGUCUUUCAAGAGUUCAAAACUUUCUUUGAUGAAAAAACUUUUGGUGAAGGUGAAGCAGACUGUGGCACUCGCCCUUUAUUCGAAAAGAAACAGAUAACAGACCAAAGUGAGAAGGAGCUGAUGGAGUCCUACAUGGGAGGCAGAGUUGUACACGGGAAUGAUGCAGAAGUUGGAAGUUCCCCCUGGCAGGUGAUGCUCUACAAAAAGAGUCCUCAAGAGCUGCUGUGUGGUGCCAGCCUCAUCAGUAACAGCUGGGUCUUGACUGCUGCUCACUGCCUUCUUUAUCCACCCUGGGAGAAGAACUUAACUACAAAUGACAUCUUGGUGCGGAUUGGCAAGCAUUUCAGGGCAAAAUAUGAAAAGAAUAAAGAGAAAAUUGUUCUGUUGGAUAAAAUCAUCAUCCAUCCCAAGUACAACUGGAAAGAGAACAUGGACCGAGACAUUGCACUCCUGCACCUGAAGCGACCUGUCAUCUUCAGUGACUACAUCCAUCCUGUCUGCUUGCCUACCAAGGAGGUCGUGCAGAGGCUGAUGCUGUCAGGUUUCAAAGGGCGGGUAACUGGCUGGGGAAAUCUGAAAGAAACGUGGGCCACUAGCCCAGAAAACCUCCCCAGCGUUCUGCAACAGCUCAAUCUACCUAUUGUAGACCAAAACACCUGCAAGGCAUCCACCAGGGUUAAAGUCACUGACAAUAUGUUCUGUGCAGGUUACAGUCCUGAAGACUCGAAGAGAGGAGAUGCUUGUGAAGGAGACAGUGGGGGGCCUUUUGUAAUGAAGAACCCAGAUGACAACCGUUGGUAUCAAGUGGGAAUAGUUUCAUGGGGAGAAGGCUGUGACCGAGACGGCAAAUAUGGAUUUUAUACUCAUGUAUUCCGCCUGAAAAAAUGGAUGCGAAAAACCAUUGAGAAACAAGGAUAGAAGAGCUUCUCUUGCCUGUUAUGUUUUGCUAGUGUUCCACUUCUUGAAAAUGUACACAUUGAAAAAUCUUGAAGUAAGAGUUAAAUCCCUACAGCCUGACAAAGGAAAGUGUUUUUCCUUGAAAAUAAAAAGUUCUCAACCAUC